AUGGAGCAUUCUCAGGGCCUUGCUGUGCUGCAGUUGCUGAAGUGGGGGCCUUCUGGUUUCGAGCACAAGUUGUCUGAUUAUCGUGAAGGUUUUAUAUCUCCGACAAGGGAGCAGCUACUGUUGUUGUCUUAUCAAAAUGAGGCAUUACUGCUUCCGCUGGAUACAGGGAAUUUCCCAAGUCGAAAUAUGUCACAAGGUCUUCCAAAUCAGUCUUCUCUGGCCUUUUGUUCAGCAACAUCAAGGGAAGCCAAUAGCUUGGAUUCCAAGGAUGAUACUCCCUGCACUUCUGAUUCGGCAGUGGGUUCCGAUUCUGAUUCUUCUGGUGUCCAUAAAAGUACAAGGACUAGUUACACUUUUCUUAGCGGUGUUAACUCACAGGCUUGGGGUAUUUGUGGGGACAGUUGCAGUAAGCCUGAUAACGACUCAUUUAGAGAUCUUCUCUUCAUAUCUAACGGUCACCAAGUCGUGGUGCACGCAUUCCGUCAAAGGGAUAAAACAGUUGAAAAAGAUACCUCAGUUUCGGAAGAUCAAUCUAAACAAGGGAGGUGGGUGGAGUGGGGACCUGCUUCAACUUCAGUUCAGAACAUGGAAGCAGAGGGUUUUUUUGGCUUAUCUUCUGAGGUAACUGAUGCUAAUAUGGCUGUUAACAAGGCCCAUGAAAAUGGUGAAGAAGCAGAACAUCUAUGUACAGAAAAUGUGGUUCACGAGUCUUCGGCAGGUAUUGCGUCAAAAAAAUGGUUGUGUUCCUUCUACACCAAAGCUGAGACUGCUGAAUCUGACGGAAAACUAUGGACCAGGUUUCCCGAGAGGGGUUCAUUUCCUAAUUCAGCUGAAGUUGUUUCAUUUCGCCUUUUUGGUAGUGAUUCGUCACUUCUAAACUUUGUUACUCAUGGGAGUUUGAGUGAUACUGUUGUAGGUAAGUCUCAUGGUUUGUCUGACAGUAUCAGUGUUCAUUCAUGUAAAUGCUCCAGAGUGUUUACCAAUUGCACAUAUAGUCUAGUUGGAUUUGUUUUAUCCUUGGUGGAUUCUUUUUUCAAUGAUCCCGAGGAUGAUGCUAAGAGAACCAGCACGAAAGCUGUACUGGUUGUUGCUAGUUUACAUUGUGAAGGGAUCAAGUGGGUUUCCUCAGUGAAGCUGAAGGAAAGUUUUGAGGCAGAACCCUUGGCUGAAUGGACAGACUUUUGCUUUUCCAAUAAUCUUCUUGUUUGCCUAGGUAAACAUGGAUUAAUAUAUUUCUAUGCUUCAUUAUCUGGUGAGUUUGUUGCACAGAUAGAUAUUUUACAGGCUUCUGGACUAAACCCUCAACCAUACAUACUGGGGCAAGAUAGAGCCAACGUAAGAAUGUUUAAGAAGCUGCUUGUUGCAUCACAUACAACUCUGAUAGCUGCAGUUGAUGGGUGUGGUCUCAUAUAUGUGAUUUGUGCUGGCAAGUACUUGCCAGAUGAACACAAUCCAAGAGAUAGGUUGCCUCCGUAUUUCCGAAAUUCAGAGCUUGGAAUGUUUGUUGGUUGGGAGGUUGGUAGUAUGGAUAUAGGCUGUCAGAGAAUAUUCCUGGCUAGCGCAUUUAGAAGAGGUGGAAACCGUUCAUCCUAUAAUGAUUCCAAGUUGGAUUUGCUUCGAAGCAUCCAACAGUUGGGCCACAGUGGAAAAGGGAUGCAGGAAGCCUUACAUAGUCACGGAUUUUCUGCGGCAUCAAAAACAGGAAUUCAUCAUUUUGGUGAUACCGAGGCAAAUGCACACCCGAUCCGUGAAGUCUUUCUUCCUACAGAGAGAUUUGGCGAGAAUGUCAAUAUAUGCUUUUCAGCUUUGGGAAUCACUCAAUUCCUUAGGAGGCACAAUCUUGACAGCCAAAGGAGUAACCAGCUUCUCCACUUGAGUUUGCGUAAGAACACAACUAUAUGUGAUGAUGAAUUGCUGAACUCUAAGAGCAAAUUAUGUUCUCUUGAGGAGAAGAUAGAAGCUUUUGUUGGCGAAGCAGUUGGCUGUAAUUUUCAGGGGUCCCUGUACUUGGUGACUGAGAUUGGCAUUUCAGUUGUUCUUCCUUCCAUUUCAGUUUCACCCAACUUCCUUCCUGUUGAGACCAUUGGUUAUCGGCCACAAAAUAUGAAGUCAGAAUGCAGUUCGCAUGUACAAGGAACUCUCUGUGUUGCUGAACCAAGUCAGCCUUUUUCACCUUGGAAAGUUGAAAUUUUAGACAGAAUUAUUCUGCAUGAAGGACCAGAGGUCGCAGAUGGGUUAUGUUUGCAAAAUGGUUGGAAUCUGAAAGUAUCUAGACUGCGCAGACUACAAUUGGCUUUGGACUACCUGAAAUUUGAUGAAAUAAAGCAAUCACUAGAGAUGCUUAUGGAUUUGAAUUUGGCUGAGGAAGGCAUUUUGAGAUUGCUCUUUGCUGCAGUUUACCUUAUGUCUCUUGGAAAUGGAAAUGAUGUUGAAGUCUCUGCGGCUUCAAGGCUUCUUGCACUGGCUACGUCCUUUACCACUCAAAUUAUACGCAAUGAUGGUUUGCAUGAGCAUAAUAAAGGGGUGUACAAUUCAAACAGUCCCAAGAUGGCCUGUUUGUUUUCUCUUCCGUCAGUUUCACCAGAAAAUGUUCAUGAUGGAAUGGAUAACUGUCAGAGGCUUUAUAAUAUGGGUCACUUUCUGGAGAUAGUGCGCAACCUUCAGUAUCGGCUUGGCGCGAUGUCAAAACAGACAGGACAGAGAUUGGUGGAUGGCAGGGAUGGAUUGAAUUUGCCAGAAGUAAACUCGUAUCCAGAUGAAUCCCAACUUACUCUUGUUUUACCAGAUGCCGCAUCACUGGAGACACUAAACCAUCAAGAGCUGCAGAUCUAUGAGUCCGCCACGGGCCCUAGCAAUGAUAAGCUUGCUUUAGUGCCCUCAGACUCUGUGGAUGACCGUUUCAAUCCCCAAGAUCCAAAUAUGGCAUCUCUUGUUGUUUCUAGUGUUAGAAAUAAUGUUUUGCCAUUAGAGAAUCCCAAGGAGAUGAUUGCACGAUGGAAACUAGAUAAUUUGGAUCUGAAAACUGUAGUUAAAGAUGCUCUACACUCUGGUCGUCUUCCUCUAGCAGUUCUGCAACUGCAUCUUCAUCGUUCAAAAGAGAGAGAUAGUGAUAAGGAGCCUCCUGAUACUUUUGGUGAAGUUCGUGAGAUUGGAAGAGCUAUUGCUUACGACCUAUUUCUAAAGGGUGAAACUGGACUCGCUGUUGCAACUUUGCAAAGGCUAGGAGAAGACACUGAAACCUGUCUUAAGCAAUUGUUAUUUGGCACCGUGAGGAGGUCUCUGCGAGUUCAAGUGGCAGAGGAAAUGAGAAGAUAUGGUUACCUUGAAACAUAUGAGUGGAAAAUAUUAGAGAAGAUAAUGUUAAUUGAGAGGCUUUAUCCUAGUAGUAGCUUCUGGAGAACAUUCCAUGGCAGGCAGAAUGCAUCAAAGGACGUGCUGGACUCCCCAAUCAGGAUGUCCUUGCUGAAUUCCCUUCCACAUAGUGAUGCUGUUGUUGAGUGUGGUGAGAUUGAUGGGGUUGUCUUAGGUUCAUGGACAACCAUUAGUGAAAAUCCUCCUGCUGCGGAGGUUGAUGAAGAUGUAGCUCAAGCUGGAUAUUGGGCUGCUGCUGUGGUGUGGUCGGGUGCAUGGGAUCAGAGAACCAUCGAUCGUAUAGUGUUGGAUCAGCCAUUUCUCAUGGGCGUUCAUGUUUUAUGGGAAUCUCAAUUGGAGUAUUAUGUAAGCCAUAAUGACAAGGAUGAAACUUUAAAACUUGUGGAUGUAAUUCCUUCAUCUGUUUUGACAAAUGGAAGCCUCCAGAUCACCAUGGAUGGCCCACAACAGACUCCGUUUUCACCAUAUAGUUCUGAAUCUCCUGACUAUGGCAACUACAUAACCAUCGAAGAAAUAGAUGCUGUAUGCUUGGAUAUUCCAGGAGUGAAGAUUGUCAGGUUUCCUGUCAGUGCAAUGUGCUCUACAUGGUUAAGGACAGCUAUUGAACUGGAGCUUGCUAAAAAGAAAAUUUUCCUGAAGGAAUACUGGGAAGGGACAGCUGAAAUUGUUGGUCUUCUAGCCCGGAUUGGCUUCAUCAGUAACAUAUUGAAAAAUAUACAGCUGGAGGAUGAAGCUUCUACUGAUUCAAAUGUGUUAGCUGUAAAACCAAGUGUUGGCACGAUGCAGGGUUUGCAUAAAUUGGUCAUACAUCACUGCGUGCAGUAUAACUUACCAAAUCUUUUGGACCUCUAUAUUGACCUCCACAGAAUGGCUCUGGAUAAUGAUGUGCUUUCUUCGCUAAUAGAAGCAGCUGGAGAUUGUCAAUGGGCAAAGUGGUUGAUUUUAUCAAGAAUAAAGGGGCGUGAAUAUGAUUCAUCUUUUUGUAAUGCUCGGACAAUAUUGUCUCGGAAUGUGAGUUCUGAUAGCAACCUUGGUACGCUGGAAAUAAACGACAUAAUUCAUUCUGUUGACGACAUUGCGGAAGGAGGGGGUGAGAUGGCAGCUUUAGCAACUCUGAUGUAUGCCCCGAUCCCAAUUCAAAACUGCCUAUGUAGUGGAAGUGUAACAAGGCAUGGCAGCUCGGCUCAAUGCACAAUGGAAAAUCUCAGGCCCACCUUGCAGCAAUUUCCCACAUUGCAGCGUGCGCUUGUGGCCGCGAGUUUCAAGCAAGAUAGAGCAUCAAAUUUCUUGGGGCUUAACACAAAUAAUGUUCUGUCAAGCUAUCUUAAAUGGCGUGACAACGUUUUCUUUUCUUCCGCGCGUGAUACUUCUCUUCUGCAAAUGUUACCAUGCUGGUUUCCAAAGAGCGUGCGAAGGUUGAUUCAGCUUUACAUUCAGGGCCCUCUUGGUUGGCAGUCACUCUUGGGUAUGCCUCCUGGAGACUCCUUGUUUCAUAGAGAUAUCGACUUCUACAUUCCUGAAGAAGAGCAUACUGAGAUAAGUCCAGUUGCCUGGGAAGCAACAGUACAAAAACAUGUUCAAGAGGAACUCUAUGGUUCUUUGCUUGAGGAAACUGGACUAGGUCUUGAACACCAUUUACAUCGUGGUCGUGCAUUGGCUGCUUUUAACCAUGUACUUGGUGUGAGACUUCAAAAGUUGAAGAAAGAAGGAGAGCCUGGGAGUUCACCACAUGGACAAAAUAACGUUCAAUCAGAUGUGCAAAUGCUUCUUGCACCUUUGGUAUCCAGUGAAGAGGCUCUUCUUUCAUCUGUCAUUCCACUCGCUAUCACACAUUUCGAGGAUUCCGUACUGGUUGCGUCGUGUACUUUUCUUCUCGAGCUUUGCGGUUUAUCUGCAAGCAUGGUUCGUGUGGACGUUGCCUGCCUGAAGCGUAUAUCUUCAUUUUACAAGUUACGGAAAAAUCAUGAAAAUUAUGGACAAAUUUCACCCAAGGGUUCAGCAUUUCAUCUGGUAUCUCCUGAAGAUGACAAAGCAGAGUCACUAGCUAGAUCAUUAGCUGAUGAAUAUCUGCAUGGUGAUUAUGCAAGAGCUGAUAAGCUGAAGCAGAGUUCAAAGUCGAUGACUGGCAAUCGACCUUCACGAGCUCUCAUGCUAGUCCUAUAUCACUUGGAGAAGGCUAGCCUUCCAACAAUGACAGAUGGAAAGACUUGUGGAUCAUGGUUAUCAACUGGUAAUGGUGAUGGAGCUGAAUUAAGAUCUCAGCAGAAAGCUGCAAGUCAACACUGGAACCUUGUUACUGUUUUCUGUCAGAUGCAUCAACUUCCCUUGAGCACGAAGUAUCUUGCUGUGUUAGCUAGAGACAAUGACUGGGUUGGAUUUUUGUCCGAAGCUCAAGUUGGAGGAUACCCUUUUGAUACAGUUUUGCAAGUUGCCUCCAAGGAAUUUGGUGAUGCUCGUCUCAAAAUUCACAUACUGACAGUCUUGAAGAGCAUGCAGUCGAAGAAGACCGGAUCUCCUUCUGCCUCUGAUAGUGGAGAAAGGAGCUCUCCCUGUUCAGAUGAUAAUAAUAUACUUAUUCCUCUUGAACUAUUUAGAGUAUUAGCCGAUUGUGAGAAGCAGAACAACCCUGGCACGGCCCUUUUGAGGAAAGCAAAGGAGAUGUCUUGGUCAACUUUAGCAAUGGUUGCAUCAUGCUUUCCUGAAGUGCCACCUUUGACCUGCCUAACAGUUUGGCUCGAAAUUACGGCUGCAAGGGAAACUUCAUCCAUCAAGGUGAACAAUAUUACUUCCCAGAUUGCUGAUAAUGUUGGAGCUGCUGUGGAGGCUACUAAUUCCCUGCCUACGGGUUCUGCAGCUCCGACAUGCCAUUACAACCGGCAAAGUCCGAAACGGAGACGUCUUAUAGAACCUAUAUCUGAGAAUAAAUUACCUGAACCACGUGAUGUUUCUGGUGUUUCUAACGGCGUGGAGAGAUCAAUCUCUCAAGAUGUAAUUGCUGGGGAAGAAAGUAAAGUGCAAGUUGGUGAACAAAAUUCUGAUGAUUCUGGUGAGGGACCAGUGUCCCUGUCCAAAAUGGUGGCUGUUCUGUGCGAGCAGAAGUUAUUCCUGCCUUUGUUAAGAGCAUUUGAAAUGUUCCUUCCUGCUUGUUCUUUACUACCUUUCCUCCGAGCGCUUCAGGCAUUUUCACAAAUGCGCCUAUCUGAAGCUUCAGCGCACCUUGGUUCCUUUUCUGCUAGGAUAAGGGAUGAACCAUCUAGUUUGCAGUCAAAUGUUCGUAAAGAGGUACAUGUCGGAGUACAAUGGAUAAGUUCAACUGCUGUAAGAGCUGCCGAUGCCAUGCUUUCAACUUGUCCAUCUGCUUAUGAGAAAAGGUGCCUACUACAAUUGCUUGCGGCAACUGAGUUUGGUGAUGGAGGGUCUGCUGCAACAUACUAUCGACAACUUUAUUGGAAGAUUAAUUUAGCAGAGCCUUCAUUGCGGAAGGAAGAUGGUUUAAAUCUCGGAAAUGAAUCUCUGGAUGAUGCUUCACUUUUAGAGGCAUUGGAAAAGAAUGGACUCUGGGAACAAGCCCGUAACUGGGCGAGGCAGUUGGGGGCCAGUGGAGGAGCCUGGAAAUCAGCUAUUCAUCAUGUCACUGAGACCCAGGCUGAAUCAAUGGUGGCCGAGUGGAAGGAGUUUCUUUGGGAUGUCCCAGAAGAAAGAGUUGCUUUGUGGGGUCACUGUCAAACAUUAUUCAUCAGAUACUCCUUUCCUCCUUUGCAGGCUGGCUUGUUUUUCCUAAAGCAUGCUGAAUCAGUGGAGAAAGAUCUUCCUGCCAAAGAGCUGCAUGAACUGCUGCUGCUUUCACUUCAGUGGUUAAGUGGGAUGAUAACCCUGUCUAAUCCAGUGUACCCAUUGUAUCUACUUCGAGAGAUAGAGACUAGAGUGUGGCUCCUAGCAGUCGAAUCAGAGGCUCAGAUAAAGAGCGAUGGAGAGUUUGUUUCAACUGCUUCAACCCGAGAUCCUGCAGUUGGACAUCCAUCCAACAUGAUUGACAAGACAGCAAGUUUAGUAUCAAAGAUGGACGGUCAUAUUAAUGCAAUGAAGAACCGGUCUACUAUCGAGAAGCACGAUUCACGAGAAAAUAACGGCAUGCUACAUCUCAAGAACCAGCUAGCUGAUGCCAGUUCCUCGGCUGCUGGUGGAAGUAUGAAAACAAAACGAAGAACCAAAGGUUAUUUCCAUCCAAAGCGAUCAGAUGCUGAAGAGAUAUUUUCCAGUUCAGUUACUUCUAGAAGCGACUUGCCGUUACAAGACGAGAGUGGUGAGAAAAUAGAGGUGUCGUUUUCAAAGUGGGAGGAACAGAUUGGAACUGAAGAAAUGGAAAGGGCUGUGCUUUCGUUGUUGGAAUUUGGACAAAUAAGUGCUGCCAAGCAACUUCAGCAUAAGCUUUCGCCUUCAGAGAUGCCUCCUGAAUUUGUACUUGUGGAUGCUUGUCUGAUGAUUGCAGCUAUCUCUACCCCUUGUAGCAAAGUAUCGGUUUCCAUGCUCAAUGAAGAUGUCCGAGCUGUUAUGCAAUCGUACAACCUAUGCACAGAGCAGCAUCUGAUUGAUCCAAUAGAGGUCUUGGAAAGUUUAAUUCCCAUCUUCACUGAGGGUAGGGGACGUGGAAUAUGCAAGAGAAUUAUAGCAGUGGUGAAAGCUGCAAAUGUAUUGGGUCUCUACUUUUCUGAGGCAUUCGACAAGCAGCCACUUGAAUUACUCCAACUGCUUUCUCUUAAAGCACAGGAGUCAUUUGACGAAGCUUUACUACUGGUGCAGACUCACUCCAUGCCGGCCAGUAGUAUUGCCCAAAUUCUGGCGGAGUCCUUUCUCAAGGGUGUAUUGGCUGCACAUCGUGGUGGAUAUAUGGAUUCUCAGAUGGAGGAAGGACCUGCACCUCUACUAUGGAGAUUUGCAGACUUCUUAAAGUGGGCUAAGCUUUGCCCUUCUGAACCAGAAAUCGGCCAUGCCUUGAUGCGCUUAGUGAUUACUGGGCAAGAAAUACCACAUGCUUGUGAGGUCGAGCUCCUGAUCCUCUCUCACCAUUUCUACAAAUCGUCAGCAUGCCUUGAUGGAGUUGACGUUCUGGUGGCCCUCGCUGCAACUAGAGUAGAAGCUUAUGUGUCUGAAGGCGAUUAUUCUUGUUUGGCGCGUCUAUUAACUGGAGUUGGCAACUUCCAAGCACUUUAUUUUGUUCUUGGGAUUCUCAUAGAAAAUGGCCAGCUGGAUCUUCUCCUUCAGAAGUUUACAGCUGCUGCAGAGACAGACUCCGAGACUGCUGUGGCUGUUGAAGGAUUCCGGAUGGCUGUACUUACAGCGCUGAAGCAUUUCAACCCCAAAGAUCUAGACGCAUUCGAUAUGGUCUACAACCACUUCAACAUGAAACACGAGAUCGGUGCUCUCCUAGAGUCGCGAGCACGUUCCUCGUCCGAGCAGUGGUUCCGCCGCUAUUACAAGGACCAGAACGAGGAGCUCCUCGAAGCCAUGAGGUACUUCAUCGAAGCAGCCGAGGUCUACUUCUCCAUGGACGCUGGCAACAAAACCCGCAGUGCCUGCGCCUCGGCCUCCCUAGUCUCCCUGCAAAUUCGAAUGCCUGACACCACACGAUGGCUCAACUUGUCUGAGACCAACGCCAGGCGCUUACUAGUCGAGCAAUCCCAGUUCCAAGAAGCCCUCAUCGUCGCAGAAGCCUACGGGCUCAACCAGCCGGGCGAAUGGGUUCUCGUUCUGUGGAAUCAGAUGCUGAAGCCCGAGUUGACCGAAGCGUUCGUAGCAGAGUUUGUGGCGGUGCUCCCACUGCAGCCUUCAACGCUGAUCGAGCUGGCAAGAUUCUAUAGGGCUGAGGUGGCGGCAAGGGGAGACCAGUCUCAGUUCUCCGUUUGGCUGACCGGGGGUGGGAUGCCAGCGGAAUGGGCCAAGCACUUGGGAAGAUCGUUUAGGUGUUUGUUGAAGGUGACCUGGGAUCUGAGACUAAGGGUACAACUUGCUAGCAUUGCUACCGGCUUUACGGAUGUUGUGGAUGCCUGUAUGAACGCCCUGGAUAAGGUUCCUGAGAAUGGAGGCCCUCUUGUGCUGAGGAAAGGCCAUGGUGGUGGAUACCUCCCGUUGAUGUAA